CACACACAAACUGAGCGAGCGACCGACAGACCGCGCUCUUUAAUCAGCAGGGGUAGCGCGGCCAGGGGAGGGGGGAGCGAGCGGACGGGACAGCAGCACGUGCUUCGCACUCUCAGUCUUGUUCCACGCGCCCAACAAGCAAGAAAUGGGCGAUCGGCUCCUGCGCUGGCACCACCACCGAGACACGCCGCAACCCUUCCCACGCGGAGCCUGAACUGUCCGUUCGCGUGCGAGAGCCCGAAACCGUCCUUCAACCAACAAACAAUUUUUCUACUCGCCUACUCUCAUACAUAUUUUUUCACUCCUCGAAAGGAAAGCACCGAAAAUGCCUCGCUGCCUGAUGGCCAAGAAGUGGAAGUACCCGUGGGACCGCGAGAAGGCGGCGGCCGCCGCUGCCGCCUCCGCCGCCGCCUCCGACGAAGAGAAAAAGGCCGAGCAGCAGUCUCAGGAGUCGUCGGCCCAACAGCCUCCUCCGUCCUCGUCGGCUUCGAGCUCGACCAGCACCACCACUCGUCUCGGCUGGGGCCCCUCCAGCCCCACGGCGGGCGCCACUGCCCCCAGUCCGCCUCCAAAUGCUCCCGGAACUCCUGAGAGGGUGGCCGUUCUCUACAACGGCUACGUCCAGGAGCUCUCACACGGUCUGAGCUUUCCCUAUCUGUCGCACCGCGGCCCUCCUCCUCCGUCACACCAUCACCACCACCACCACCAUCAUGUUCCACCUGGGGUUUUGCUACAUCGAGGGGACGAAGGCUACCAGUUCCCGCCAGAGGCCUACCACCACUACCCUCCAACCUACCUAGCAGACCCGCACCGCUACGAGGAGCGAUGGGCUGAACACCACCAGCCCAACCCACCCCCACUUGCUCCUGCUCCCCUCCCUCCCCGCAAGUCCUUGGCCAUGUGUUACACCAGCACAGGGGCAGCACUUUCACUGCCACCGAAGAAGAAGGACAUUUACCGGCCGUACUCGCUGCAAGACCCAGUCAAGCCUAGUCACAAAGAUCUCAGCGCAGCACACGCCAUCUUGGAUCUCAGUGCGUCUAGUCAACCCGACCUUUCGUCCGGCAACGCAUCGAGUUGCGACGAACGACCACCUUCGACGGUGCCACCCUCUCCGACGCCAUCUUGCAAAACGGUGGCGUACACCUAUGAGGCCUUUUUCGUGAGCGAUGGGCGCUCGAAGCGCAAAGCCACCUCUCUUGGCUCGGUCUCACCGAUCCGAGGGGAGAGCUCUGAGAAGCCCAAGUACACGUGUCCAGAGUGCGGCAAGCAGUACGCAACGUCGUCCAACCUGUCCAGACACAAACAGACGCACCGGAGUCUGGACUCGCAGUCGGCCAAGAAGUGUCCCACCUGCAACAAGGCGUACGUCAGCAUGCCCGCCCUGGCCAUGCAUGUGCUCACCCACAACCUCAGUCACAAGUGCAACGUGUGUGGCAAGGCCUUCUCGCGACCCUGGCUACUCCAAGGUCACCUCAGGUCACACACUGGUGAGAAGCCCUACGGUUGCGCCCACUGUGGAAAGGCCUUCGCAGACCGGUCCAACCUCAGGGCCCACAUGCAGACGCACUCGGCGGCCAAGAACUUUCGCUGCAAGCGAUGUGAUAAGUCGUUCGCCCUCAAGUCCUACCUGAACAAGCACUACGAGUCGGCCUGCUUCAAGGACAGUCCAUCGGGCGUCUUGACGCCACCCAGUUCGCCAGGCGACGCCAUUGUCUGCUGCUCACAGUCGAACAGCUCGGACCUGCACCUGCUGCAGUCACCGCAGUAUCCCCCUCCACUUCCCCUCCACCCUGGAGUCUACGCUGCUUGAAUUUCGCACGCUUUGCAUCUCUCAUCUCAACUCAGUCUUCUACUUUGAUGGACUCUUCUCUACUUUCCGUUUUUCCGCCAAUUAUGUUCCGCGUCUGCCAUAUUGCAUUGUAGUACGCUUUAUAUGAGUAACACGGUUCAAUACGAUUCUUUUGAACUUUAGGUGUGUUUAUUUUGCUGAAACAUCGUUCAAAAAGGUACACUCUCAAACAAAAAUAUGAAAACAGUCAAAAACGCAUAUUUACAAAACGCGCAUCACGCUUUUUAUAAGAUAAUAUACAUAAAAAAGAGAAGACGUUUUUAAUGAAUUAUGAAACGCAAGUGCCCUAAAAGUAAAAAAUUGAAAUGAUUUUCUCACCAAAGUAAAAAUGAAAAUUUUUGAUAAAACAAUAUUGUCGAAUUGCAUGUUAUUUUUACAGACGGUCACUUAAGCAUUGUUAAAAAGUGAAAAACAAGUUUUGUGAAAACAGGGUUCAUUGUUCAAGGACGGAUGAUGAAAAAAAUCCAAGAGAAAAAAAACAGUUUUGACUUCAAAAGUACGAUUUUGGAGGCCAUUAAGCGAAUGGUGACAUAAAAAAAUGCACAUUGCCUUUUUAGAUAAAUUUUUUUGAUAAAGAGUAUUUUUCACACAACGACCAUAUUAAAUGGAUGUCACACCCAUAAAUCAUCCCCUUAAAAACAAAAGAUAAUAAAGAAAAAAGUAGCGUUAUUCAGUUUUGAUACUCGGAACGAAAUUUAUUGCGAAUAAAAUAAACGAUCGCGCGCGGCGGCGUUUGAGAAAAAAAAUUAACGAGCGGCGUUAUAAUUAAAAUUUCAUGCUCAGCUUCGGGGAGAAAUAACAGCAACAUCGCGCAAUAAACUUCGCCGCCGGGUAUACACAUUUAGGUGUAAUUAGUUCCAAAACCAUUAUGAACGUAGUCGAACACAAAAAGCAACGAUUUGCUGUGAAAAUUAAUGCGGACAGUGGAAAAACAAAAAUAAUAUUUACUUUUGUGGUUUGCGUGGCGACUUAAAUAGAAGCCAACCAGUUGAUUUUAAGCAUUCAACAAAUGUUCACUUUUGCGAAAAAGGAACAAAAGUUUCAGUCACAACGAAAUAAAGAUUGCCGUAGUCACGCUCGUCAGACUGCAUCGAUGCGUCUCGGGCACUUAGUGCUUAGCGGAUUUAAGGAAAUUAAAUUAACUCACACACACACGCGUAUAUAUUUAACUCACACACACACGUACACUCACUAUAAAAUAUAGGAUUGUAGCUCACAAAUAUAUUACGAACACUCACACAUAUACACCAGCUCAAUUAUUUUACAUAUUAUGACAACAGCAUGCCAUCAAACGCUGCUGUCGUAUUGUAUGCAUUUUCAAUUAUCCGCCGACAAACGCGCAACAGAAAUCUAAUAUGCAAAUCGAUUAAUUGAGUUAGCUCAGCUGGCUAAUUUAUGCAACGAGAGGAGAGCGCAGAGUGAAAUCGAUUUUGCGCGCGGGGCUGCUCUCGGCCGCGCUUCUGGUGAGUAAUAUGCAAAAUAAGUUGACGCUGCCAUAAUGAAAUUCACGACGAAAAAAAACAUAAUGAUAUAUUUGAGAAAAAGAAAGUUAUUUGAAAAAUAAAACGAUGCAUUUAUUGAAAUUGUAAACAACAAAAUAAAUUUAAUAAGUCUGAGCAUGCAUAAUUUUUUAGAAAAACCACAACGAAAAACGCAAUAAAAAAUUUACAUAGCAACGAAUAUAGAGCGUGCGCGUUAUUUGAAUUUUGAAAAUGACAUUUUGAAAGAAGAAAAAAUAUUAAAAUAGAAAUCCAAGAGAGCACUUUUCAAUACUUAGUAAUGGCUUAUUGAACUAGUCUCUAAAUAAAUUACUCAUGUACCCUUGUAUGGUGAACGAAAUAUUAAAAAUGAUCUCCAACUUCGAAUGCAUUCCAAAGUCAUAUAUUUAAAAAUGAUAAGCAUUUAAUUAAGACACGAGUUUAGCGUUCUAGUAGCAGUAACUAGUCGAGAUUUGAGCAUUGAAAAGACAAACGCGUCUCUGUAAAUACUUGUAAACCCCUUUACUUAGCACUUAAGAAAAAUUGUUUAACUAUUUCUUAAAGAAAGUACUUUAAUUUUGACGGUGCUUUUCUGCGCCAAAAAGAUACGCGGCAAGAAAUACUUAACCAAAACUGUAAAUAUAGCACAGCUGAAUUUUUGGUCCUUUCCCCACCCAAACCGAAUUCUAUAUAUUAUAUUUAUAUUGGCGAAACUCGAUGCCAGAGAGUCAUUAGCGAAUCCAUAUGUAUGUGAGUAUAAUUGUUACCCGAGCCUGACAUAAAAAUUUUCCGGCACGAGAGAGGGCUUUUGCCUGCAAAUUAAAACACCCUGCAAUCCUUUUAACGAAAUUUCCCACAAUGGACCGCUGUGGAAAUAUUGUGAAAGUCGGUUUUUGCGGCCGGUUUGUUUGGCGUAUAAUGCAUAAGUCACUUGAUAGCUCUUUCUCUGUGCGACGACUACGGGGAACGGCGGCGGCGGCGGUCCUGAACAAACAUUUUCGCUGCCGGAAUGUAUGUAUAAGAACGGGGCGCUUGUGCAAGCCGACCAUAUACACAAACUGAGUGACCCCUUGUUGUACUCUCUUGACUGGGGUAUAGAAUGGCCUCCCUCGGCUUUAUGUCAAUCUUGAGUACACAGAAGGCACGGUAAAUAAUUUAUACAUGCCUCCAGAGUUCAUCAAGAUUUCUCUUUUAACUCGAUAUUCUGAGUACUAUUCUCGCUUUCCCUUUCUUCUCUCUCUCGCUCGGCGAUGCGCGCCUGUUGAUUUUUCCCUUCGCCUUCCUCUCAUGAAAAAUCCAACGUUUUCUCGAGUAAUUUGCUCGAUUUCUUCUUCUGCCUGUUUCGUGCGAGCGCGCGCACGAUUCUCUCUUUCUCCAUUUCCUCAUUCGGCUAUCACGUUUCUGACUUUCCUAUCUGCUCUUCUUUCUUCUCUCUCCUAUCGUCUUUCCUAUCUACUUUCUAUCCCCUGGCUCACAAGAAAAAGCGAGUAAAAGCAUUGCAUGCAAAUAAUUUACCCGCAAAAUAAAUGUGCACACGCCCCUACCUCUUCUUUCUCAAUCUUCUUUUCCGAUUUCCACUUUUAGGUGAACUCUGUUGCAGGUUUAAAAAUGUAUGAUUCUCUCUAUUUGACUCUCUGCUUCGUUUUUUUCGCAAAUAUAUUUAAAAUGGAAGAGUGAAAAUCUAGUCACAAGAUAAAUAACUCAAGUUUAGCGAUUUCUGCUAUUAACUUGCAAUUAUAAUUAUUAUUCAACUUAAGAUUUAAGAUUGGCUAGAUGAUACAUGGAACAAAUGGAGAUUUUUGAGAAAAUGUUUCGCUUUUCCCUUUUGCAGAAAAAUUGUUUUCGGUUUGUCCGUGUAAUUCGAAUUUACGAGGAAGACUAAAGACUAGUUACUUCUUUUUUAUUAUUUGAUCUCGCGUAUGUAUUCCUAUUUUUAUGGCCGCGUCGUUGGUAUAAGAGCCAAAACCAAUUUUCUAAAACUUUGCCGAAUUAUUUUAUCUGCGCCUUUUGGCACAUGUUUGAGCGAGUUAAUCUCGAGAGCAGACUCAAGUGGUUUUAGUUAGUGUAAGUAGCUAUUUGUUUUUGUACUUUUAUGAUUAUUUGGAUGGAGAGAGAGAGAGAGAUGCUCUCUGUCAUUUCAGGUCAUGACUCUUGUUAUUCUCCAAGCUUCUCUUGCAUUUAUUCAAUUGUAUAAUACAUAUACUCUCGCGCAGAAAACAAAGAGAAAAGUGGAGGCGAACAUUCCGUUUUAUGAUAACCAAUUUAGUUUAUUAUCUAGUCUGAAGCCAUAAAAACUCGUUCCAGCUCUACGACAACUAGUCUCGUUUUAUACACAUACCUUCCGAUUCACUCACCUUUAUGGAGAGAGCAAUAAUCAAGAAAAUUUCGCAACGAAUUUUACUCCCACAAAUAAACAACGAUUUUUGCAUUCACUGCUUUAUUUAACUGAUUGUUUUUUUUUUCAGUCCGAACGAAAGAAAGAAUCGAACGCAGCUUGAAUGCACUUAAAUAAUAAGCUAAGCAAUAAUUUUAAGAGGAAUUAUAUUAUGAUUAUAUAAAUUAUUGUUGAAGCAAUUUUAACUGGCCGGAAAUCUGGGCAACAUGAUCGGAUGAGCUCGGAACUCGCCAAGUUAGAAAAACCAGAGAGAAUAUUAGAUUACAUGCAAUUAUUUGAAAGUCAAUUGUGAAUAAUUAAGAAGUUUUAGGACGCAGGGCGAUUUCCAGUUCGCGGCAUGACCCAGAAAGUGCCAGGUAUUCACAAGCAAUAAUCUCGUAGUCUGGUCAUAAGCAAUAAGGAGUCAGGCGCGUGAUCGCAAUACAAUUUUGACACGGCCGGCUCUCUUUGAGCAAUAAUUAUGACCGCUAUGAAGAAAACACUUAACGAUUAAGGACAAACAAGUUAUAAUUCAAAAUAUUAACACUAAAAUUAAGGAAAAAAUAUCAACGAGUAGGUAAAUAUAGACACCUGACUUAGACUGCCCAUAUUAACUUAAAAAAGUUGUUGACAAAAGAAAAUUCUCAAUUACGCAUUAAAAAAAUUACUGUACUGUUUAUUGAAAAUCAUUAUUACACAGUUUGUAACAAUUUUGGUAUUGUAUUGAAAAUUUAUGUGCAUAAAUUUUUGUUCACAACGAAAUCGUAGGAUUGCUCAAAAUGUUUG